AUGCCCAAAGUUCUAGUCGGUAACAAAUGCGAUAUGGAUGGCGAACGAGUCGUAUCUUUGGAAAGGGGAAGACAAAUGGCUGAUCAGCUAGGUCUUGAAUUUUUCGAGACAUUCGCGAAAGAAAACAUAGACGUGAAAGCUGUGUUCGAAAAAUUGGCUGAGAUUAUCUGCGACAGAAUGGCAGAAAGUUUCGAUAAGGACCCACAGCAGCAACCGAAAGGUCAGAGGUUGGACGCGACCACUAAUCAAAAGCCACCGGCACAACAAUGCAACUGCUAG